GCGCCGCGAGCGGCCGGGCCGGGCCGGGCCUGCUCCGCCUUCCUCGCGGCCGCGGGGAGCAUGGACUCGGCGCUGCGGCUGCAGCUGCUCUCGGCGCCGGCCCGCCCAGACAGCGAAGCUUUGAAGAAUGCUUACGAAAUGAUCAAAUCUGCCAAUCAAGGAAAGUCUGCACUCGAUUCCUCGGAGAGCUUCAGCUCUGAUUUGUAUGUGCUGUGUGCAGAACAAGCGCUCGAGCUGGGUUAUCUAGAAAUCAGCAGCGACUGUCUACAGAUGUAUUUUAAAGGAAGAUAUCCUGUUAAUCAGUUUAUUGGUAGAGCAUACUUGUGCCAAGGCCAGCUGUUCACCCCACUUUCUACUGAAAAUUUGGAAAAUUUUGAGAAGUUUGUGAUGUUCUUUAUGAAAGCAGUAGACUUUGCCAUAAAUGAUCCAAGAUACUAUUUUUUGAUAUACAAUGCCUCAGUCCUUUACUGGAAUUUCAUAAGUCCAUAUCUUAAGCCUGGAUUCCGCUGCCACCUUAUUUCCAGUCUGUAUCAGAUUGUAGCUGCGUUAAAUCAAGUUGGAGAGCAAGACAAGGAGUGGAGAGCUGAACUCAUGAUAGAGCUACUUGAAUGCUAUCUGGAUGCUUCAAAAAUGAAAGAAGCAGUGAAUUUUUCAUCUAUUGCAGCAGCAUUCAUUAAAGAUAAUGCUCCAGAUAAAUACCAACAGAUAUUUUCUUUAAUGGUGCGUCACAAACUAAUGAACACCUCCCAGAUAGAGGGAAACAUACGAAACAGUAUCAGUUUAUCUGCCAUUUAUAAAAUCCAGACAAUAAAAUCACAGUUGGAUGCAAAUGAGUUUCCAAGAGAAGCCACUGCAAAUCUGAGUGCUGUGUAUGAACUUUUGAAACAGUAUGAUACAGAAUCUGCAAGUUUCAUCCUUGGUGAAAAGAUUCCUUUGCUCCUGGAAUUGGCUCGUCUUUCUUUGAAGUUAAACUGCAUCGAAGUUGCAUUUGAUUGCAUACAUGAUCUAAAGAGAGCUCAAAUUAGUGAUCCAGGAAAACUAAUUGAAAUAGAAUGCCUGGAGUGUGAAUAUGAAGUCCAAAAACUUGGCAGGAAAAUCUCAAGCUAUACAAAAGGUGCUGUUGAGACUCAGCUGAAAGUGAUAAGAAGACUUGAACUAGCUUUGCAACAUGCAGUUCGAGUGGGAGACCCCAAUGUUGUUCAGGCUGUUUGUGCAACUCAGUGGAAUCUUUGCCUACCACUGUUACAACACAACUUGCUUCAACAUGUAAAAAAACCAUUGAUUUCUGUGGCUGAUAUCCUAGAAAAGAUUGACAGCUCUUUGAUUUUGUUACGUUGCCAAGUUCAUAUGGAAAUUGCUCGCAUUGAAGAAAAUGGAGAUAGAAUAGAGGCUGCCAUGGAACAUUUGAAGAAGGCUAUAUAUCUGGAUAACAAUGGACAAUAUCAAGAACAUCUUAAAAUGGCUUUCAAUCGUCUUCAUUUAUGCACUAUGUUGUACAAAUCACCUGAACGCCUAGAGGAUCAAGCAAUUAUGAUGAUUGAACAGGCUAAAAAGGGGAAGCUGAAAGACAGUGUGAGGAAAAAGCGGUCUCUUCUGGUAAAUGCAGGUCUUGCACUAGCUCCUGAUGCAUUUCAAAUAGUCCUUGAUAGUGAAAAUGAAGCCCAAGUUUCCUCCGGUAAAAGUAGGAGUAAAAUAAGUUAUCUCCAUGCAAAAGCACAGCAUCAUAUUAAAAGUGUGGAGAAAGCUGAUGGACAUCUGAAACGAUUAGGACAUAGAAAUGACAAAGAAAGAGUCAGUCUUUGGGCAGAUCUGGCAAAAGUUGCUCGGAAACAAGAGGUCUGGGAUGUGUGCCGGACUGCAUGUAGAUUCUGUCUCUUAUAUGAUGAUACUCAGUUGAAGAAAGUACCAAAAUCUAUGAAGGCUCAAAAGAAGAAACCUAGUAUAAUUAUGAUGGAUGAUAAUCAGGGUGACAGCUUGCAAUUGGAAUCAUCUUUGCCUCUUAAAUCAUUCUCUUUUGAAAAAGACUUACUUAGAACAUUAGCAGAAAUAAGGUUCAUUAAUGCAGAGGCAAUUAUUCAUUUAUUAAGAUUACAAGGUGUUCAACUCAAUGAUCAUGCUGACCUGCCUCAGGAUACAAGCCAGCAUUCCCCAGGAUACCUUGCAAAACUUCCUGAACAGGAUCAAGAAUGGAUAACAUACAGUUUGUGGAUAGACCACUUAUCCCAAUAUGCAAUGGAAAACUUUCUGCGUGCUGCAGAGAUAGGAGAGGAGUUAAAUGAAGCCUGGAUUGUUCAUAACACCGUGGUGUAUGUCUUAAAUUACAAUAAGCAUCUUAUAGCCUCAGGAAGACAGAGAGAGAUUGUUGAAUCUCUGCAGACUCUUCUGAGUGCAGUCAAGAAUACUGGUCACUGUGGGAAUAUUGUUGUUUUACUUAUGUUAUGUAAUGCUUUGGCUCGAGGCCUAAUUCUUUUCUGGAUUCCAAAACCAAUUGUGAAAUUUGAUGAAAAGAAAAAUAUAGAUACAGCAACGAGUGAUAAUAAAAGGACUGCAACAAAAGGACCUGAAAAAACAAACCUUGUCCAGUCUUUGCCAAUGGAUCCCAAUAGAUAUUCUGAUAUCAAAGCAGCAAUAGAGGUUUGUGAAUUUGCCUUAAGUCUGAUAAAUGGAAAUGCAUCUAAUGAAGUACCAAUUUCUGUACAACAGCAAGUCAUUGCUGCCUGGGUAAAAGCAAAACAAUUACAUCAGCAACAGAUUGGGCAGAAACUUGGAACUGAUGAUGAGAAUAACGACGAGGGGCAAAAUCCUAUCUCAAAAGUUCUUGUUGCUUUGGAAAUGUACUCAUGUAAUGGCUUGGGUCUCAUGGACUUCACUGUUCCCAGUUUGGCUCAGCUGGUGAGAAUGACUUUAAAAUGCAGCUGGUCAGAUCCACUAGUGGAGUUGCAAACGUUGACACGACUUACGUAUUUUGCAUAUGUGUCACAUGAUCAUGAAAUAGUGAUGAUGUGUUCCCAAAGGAUUAUGCAGUUUGAUGAUAUAUUUUUGAGCAGCACAGAUGGGAAGAAAUGUGAAAUACAUGAAUACACAGCAGGGCAAGAAUUGUUAAGUACAGCUGCUUGUAUACAAGGGAAGAGUAUAAUGGAAAAUUUGUCUGGAAGACAUUAUUUGCGCUUAUCAGCAUCAAAAGCCUUUGUUCAAAGUGCACGAUAUGCAGGAGAAGCAGGAAACUGUAGCCUUGUAAUGUUGGCAGCUAGGCAUUUCUGGAACACGUGUUUACCUUUUAUAGGUUCUCCACGUGACAGAGAACAACUUAAAGAACCCACAGAAAUAAUUCUCAAGAGCAUCAUUAAAGCAGAAUCUAAAACUAAGCAAGAAAAAGAAAAUACAUUACCUUUGCAUCAGUGGAUUACAAAGGAUUUUCAGACUACUGGAUCAUCAGAUGGUGACUUUCUCCCAGGUACUGAGGAGGAUCUGACAUUAAGAACAUCCCUCUAUGGGUUGUUAUUCCAUGUGCAUGAUGAUAAAGGAGAUUGGGAAACAGGACUAAAAGUAUUGGAGGAAGCUAUUCAGGUUCUGCCUCGAACUAAGCAUAGACUGCUGAUUUUCAAACAUAUGGUUAUUGUAAAGACAAGACUUGGAUGUAAUUUUAUGAUGGACAUUCAGAAAUUCAGAGAAGAAAGUGAGGAUUAUUUGUCAAAUAUGUGGCAUCACCUGGCAUCAGUGUCCAAAGACCUUGUUGGGCAGUUAACCUGCUAUCAAAAUGCAAUUGAAGUUUUACAGAAAAAAGAAAGUCAGUGGCAAAAAGUGCAUUACCUGAUGGAAUUUUCUGAAUGGUUAUACUACAAUCAGUUUCCUCUUGAUGAUGUUAUUAAACACCUGGAUUGGGCAAUAAAUAUCUUGCUACAUAUGAAAUUUGCCACAAAACCUCUUGAAGAAGGUGAAAAAAACCUCAUAAAAGAAACUCCAUCAUCAGAGCUGAUGAUAGACCUUGGGAAAAAAAAUACAAUUCCCCAAGUGGCUUUUCAAGAUCUACAAAAUAUAAGGCAACUGGAAAAUUUAUUUAGAGCCUAUACCUUAAUAGCUAUAAUUUCUGGCCGUAGUUCACCUUAUCACCAACAACACUGUUUGAUGGCAUAUGCUUGUAUCAUUCGUAUCUGGCAGGUUUCCCUGUCAGCAGCAGGAUCUGUUAUAAAAGUAUUAGCAAAGCCAUCACAAACAGCUGCUUUUCAGAAUGUCCAGCCAAACACUCUUAAGAAAGAUAAAGGCAAUAAAGAUACAAAACAAGUGGAAUCCACCACCCCCAAAAAAGGCAAAGCUAAAAAGGAUACCAAACAGGCACAAGCUUCAGUUACAAAAGACAAACCUAAACAGAAAGGACCAGUCGAUACCUUACCAGCGAGUGUGGAGGAAUGGGCUACCUAUGAUUGUCCUGAUGAAGUUAGAGAUGCUUUUAAACAGGAAGCAAGCUCUUGUGGUAUUAACCAGGAUAACAUUCGGGUACCUACUUACACAUUAUAUUUUAUGGACCUUUUGGCUAAGGAGCUGCAGAAGACUUUUUGCGCCCAUUUGAUUCUUCCCAUCUUUCAGCUUGCUGAGGUUAUUGCUCAUGAAGUUCUGGAAAGUAAAAGUCUUUCUGAUCUCUAUCGUCUCCGAAUUGCCCUGAUAUGUUCGGAUAUGAAGUUGAAUCAGGCAUCUUCAUAUCAUGAGAAGGCAGUUGGAGAAGCAUAUAUCAAUGAAGUGGAACAAGCAAUGUGUAGACAAGAGAUUGCACUGGAAAAGGAACAUAAUGUACCACCAAAGGAAGAUGAAAUAAGUGAAUCAUUUGAACAUACCAAACCAGAUGAAAGCCCCUGCAGCAACUCAGUUACAGCAAAGGAAAAGCUUAUUAGAUACUUUAUUACUUUUCAGAUUUUAAAGAUAAAUGCGGCAACUGGAAAAGGGCUGAGUGGACUUUCUUUUCCAUAUCUCUGGAUUGACAAAGCUGAAGUACUCAUUCAACUGGGCUUGUAUCAGCCAGCAAGGCUGCUGCUUGCAGAGGCACACAGUGCAACUCAGGAGCUGAAUGAUGGUUGUGCUGUGUCAAGGUGCUUAUAUCUACUUGCUGUACUGGCUAACCUAGAAAAGAACUAUGGGCAAGCAAAGGCACUGCUUGAGAAAGCACAGAACAUAGGAGGAAAGGAAUGGUUUUGGUACAAUAGCACUCUGAGUCUCAUAGAGGCAGUUCUAGGGAAAGAUGAGGAAGAAAAAGAGGAAGUGAUUUGCAGAAUUUUGCAAAAAAACAUAAAUGUGUUCAGAUCCAUAUUAGUGGAGAGACCUAACAGAGAGUCUGAACUGGGUUUUAUGAUUACCUCCCUGGAAGCAAGGAAAACAAUUAUUCAAAUAAAUUUUGCCCAAGAUUACAUGAAAAUUAAUGCCGAGUCUUCUCAGUUAACAAGUAUACUACAAUUGUAUGAGAAAUUAAUUCAAAUUGAGGAUGACUUCCAUCGUUAUGGAUAUAAAGACCACAGCGCUGAAAUCCUACAAGAACGUGCAAAUAUUCACAGGUUGAUUGCAAAAUACACAAGAGAUGAAGAAGAAAAACAUCAUCACUAUCUAGAUGCCUACACAUUAACUCAGAGAGCAGUGUCUGAAAAAGAGGAACUAUUUCACAAUGUUUGUAGCUUACUUUCUGUUCAGGAGAUAAAAAAUAUCAGUAUUCCAUUAAUGAGACAACUUGCUAACAUGAAGCUAAGACUUGUGGAAAUAAUUUUGGAUAUUCUUCAUCUUGUGAAUACAGAAAAAAAGCUGAAAGAACUGAGAGAGGGAUCACUUACUAAAAUUGUUGAAGAAUUUGUUAGGUUAACACCUCAUAGUGCCUCUGUGGAACAGGGAUGGAUAAAUAUGAGGCAGACUGUGGGGCACAUUGCACUGGCUCACUUAGUAAGCCUACAGAGUCUUUAUGCAGGCUGUCCUGACAUCAAAGCCAAACACCUUUAUCUCACUGGGAAAACUCUGCAUUUACUUGCUGUUAAAGCGGACCCCCUACACUCAGAUACUUGCUGGAAGGAAAAUAUUAUGGAAGAAACUAAAUUGAACAGCAUGAAGCCUCCCAUGAUAGAGUGCAAUGAAAACAAAAUGGCAAGGAGCAGUUCACCUAGUAAUAAAAAGCAGUUUGAGGAGCAGAAGAAGAAAGCAAAUGAGUUAAAGAAGAGACUGAUUUUGGCCAAGAAAUACUUGUCUCAAUCCAGCGAGGUUUUACUACAGUGCAUGAAUGUUGCAUUCAGUAAUAACAUUAUCAACAUACUGACUUCUGCUAGUCUUGAAAUGGUUGAAUGUCUUGGACGAUUUGAUCCAGUUUCAAGUAGCCAGUUCUUGGCUCUGCAUCAGAGCUGUUCAGCAUCUCUAAUGAUGAAGGAUAUCCUGCUAGCAGCCACUCCUGACACAAUGAGUUCUCAACUGGCAGCACUAUUGCAUUUUCAGCAUCACUUAAAACAAAAGGGAGAUAUAAGUAGCCUUUCCAAAAAUGUGGAGCAGAGGCUAGCUUCUACCUCAAAGGCAUGGGAAAAUCUCUGUGUUCCUGCACAGCAUUUUAACAUUGUGAAUGAAUUGCCACCAAACUUCCACAUAGUCAUUCUCCAGCAUUCAGAAGAUGGAUCAAGCCUAUAUAGUGCAAUAAUUAAGAAGCCAAAAUUUAGCAGUGGACAACAGAAGGGAAAACCCAUUCAUCCAACAGUGCAGGCUAAAGUUUCUCGUAUUUCUGUGAAUCCUGAUACACUCUUGAUUUUGUUGGAGAAAGUACGUCUUUACAAGCAGGAAAGGAUGAAUAGUUUCUUUAAACAGGAGUUGCCAAAAAAAUUGCAUACUGGGAAGGUUUAUUUUCAAAAUUGGCAAGAAAGUUCUACAGAAAUAGAAAUGGAUCUAACAGAAAAGAUAAAUGAAAAUGAGAGAAAACUUACAUCAGAUUUCUGUGAAAUUUUAAAAGACAUGGAAGAAUAUCUGCAGCCAGUGCUGUCACAGUUUGAUAGUUCUGAUUUCAGGGAGCAGAGCCAAACAGCUUCACCAGCUGAAUCAGGAAAAACAAAAGCCAAGGAUAAGGAGGUGAAACAUACUGCACCAGAGGAUACACCUAUGGAUUUAGGAGAGUCUUUAAUAUUACUAGCAGACAAAUUACUUAUGGAGCUACCUUUGGAAGCUCUGAGUAUCUUUCAAGAGGAGGCAAUAUGUUCUAUAUCCAGAGACUUUUCUCUCCAACUUCUCUACAAUCGAAUACAUAUAGAGGAACCAGAGAAUGAAGUAAAAAAAGAUGUUAAAAGUUCAAAGGAGCCAAAGCCAAAAGCAAAUCAGAAAAAGAGCAUAAAAAUAGUGCCAGUUAAUCGUGUUUUACCUCCUAAUUGCAUGCCUGUGGAUAUGAAUAAUUUUAAAUAUAUUGUGGAUCCGUAUAAUGAAACAAAAGAAACAGAAGCAAUAAGUCCUUCUAAAAAAAUAAGGGAAAUCCUACAAAAAUACCAGGAGCAAUUUACAUCUCAUUGGGAAGGUGUUAUUGGUAGCAUUCGUGUUCCAAGUCAAGCUGAAUGGGAGCAGCUACUGAGUAAAAGCAGUGCAUUUCUGUUCUAUGGGAUGGAGAGAGUUUUAUCUCAUAUAUUACUUGACAGAUUGGUUGCUAUGAAUAUCCCAGAAUGCCAGUUGAUGAUACUUUUAGAUCUGAUGCAGUCAACUCAGAGUUCUCAACGACUGACAAAGACUGAUAUACACAGAAGCUCUCGACAGAAGUCUUUAGAGAGACCAACAGAGACAGCAAUCCUUUUGAGCCUUACUGGUGUGCGUUCCAUCAUAGCUAACCAGUGGUACACUAGCCUGGAAGGGAAUGCAGAAAACCUGGAAACUUUAUCUGAGAAUUUGUUACGAGUUGGAAAAUCAACUGGGCAGACAGUUCGGAUUCUUCAAAAGAAUAAGACUAGAGAGAAGGUGCCAUCAAUUAAUGUGGAAGAAGAUUAUGGGAUUUCUUCUAGAAACAGAAUAGAAAACCAAAUCAUUCCCAAUCAGUCGCAAUCUCCUGCAAUUCAGCCAUCAUCUUUUAAUUGUGUAUUAUAUGGGCUACCCAACCUAAUUGUUAUGUAAUUCAUGCCAGGUUUCUUUGUUUAACAUGGAACCCAUCUACAAUAUAUAAAUGUAUUUACUUUGUCUUGAAGGCUGGUAUUUUAGUCCGUUAUCUUAAGCCAUUUUUGUGUGGAUUAAUAAGAAGUGAAUUUUUGAAUAUCCAAGGUUUGCUGGCAGAUUGAAUUGGUUGUGAAUUUAAAUACUGAUAUUCGAAUAAUUUUCAUGAAAAUAUCUAAGUUUUUUGUCAGAAUUUUGUCUUGCUAUGUUCUUCUGAUGUUGGCGGAAGUCUUUAAAACAAUUUUAGAAGUUUACUUAUCGUGAGUCCUUUAUUUGCUUUCUGCUUAAAGAGCUGACAUGUUACACCCAGGAUGUCCCUGGGCGCUUUUAUGUUACCUGGAGAAGUACAAAAGAAGCCAAAGCAAGCUCCUCCAAACUAUAUACUGAUUUAUUGGGAUGUUAUCAAUCAGACAAUGUUAACAAGAGCAGCUACAUACACCAGCAAAUAGACAAGCAUACUACCAAGUGGCAAGGUGUCAGAGCCCUCAGAAUCCAUCCUCAGGGUUUGAGGCAAGUUCCAGACCCCCUCUGCCUUUGUCUGGGGGAGUUUUAUGUAGUUCAUGCUCAAGUUUUCAUGUCACCACUUAUGAGAUGAGGCUGAAAAGAUAUUUUGUACUUUGUAGCUCUUCUAAUAACAGUGCUUACGUUCUGAAAUUUCUCCCAUAGCUCACAAAUUUCCAGAAUACAUAUUCACAAUCAGCUGUAUCUUAAGUGCAACUAUCGUGUAUUUUCUACUUUCUUUUGAAACCCCUUGUCUUGGCAUUUAUGCUCAAUUGUAUUAAAACAGGUUGUGCUCUUCAGUCUUGAACACACACAUUUAGGAAAGCAAUCCAGGAUUCUUUCCUUCCCCUCAUCUCACAAAGAGUUCCAUGUAGGCACAGAAAUCUGUAUUGAGGAGGUACCGGGUAGUGGACAGGUUAAGAAAGGAAUAUACAGAUGGCUAAUUGUCCAAAAAGUCUUUAUAUAGUUUUUCUAAUAAUCUCAUGGAAAAUAAAGAUUAAAACUAAAUAUAGCCGGUACAGUGAAUGUGAGAACUUUUACAUGUGGUCCCCCUUCUCAGUGGAAAACACCUUUAAUCUCUUGCAAAUACUCUUCAUGUCACUCUUCUUUCAUAUUGCUGACAAUACAUUGUCCUUCAGUGACAAUCUAGCUGACGCAACGUUUUGGUGAUUUUAGAAGAGCUUUAUUUUGCAUUGGAUAAAAGCUGUUUUCCUUUCAAGAGCAUAAACAGAACAGUUACCAUCUAUUGUGUUUGAGAAGAGGUGACUCAUAGUGAAGGGCUUUUUUAGAAGAGACUGAAGGUCAGUGCCUAUAGUCCAAAAGCAGAGUAGGAAGAUUUUCAAGCUUUGAUAUCUCUAGAGUAAUGUAUUUAAAUGAAUAUCCAGAUACCUAAAUAAAAUCAACAACAAUUUUCAGGGGUGCUGAGCCCCCAAGAGAUCUGAAAAAAAUAGUUUUUUAAAUAUGGAUCAAGAAUGGAUAAUUUUCAAUAUUUGAGUCUGAAAAUCAUUAAAAAAAAUAGGGCUCUGAGGGACCUGGAGAGGUCAUUUAGUCCAUCCCUUUGCUUCAAAAUAGGAUCAACUACACCUAUACUGUUAUGCACAAGUGCUUAUCUAACCCGUUCUUCAGAUCUUCAAUUAUGGCCAUUCUGUAACUAUAUUUACAGGUAGAAUUUUUUCCUAGUGUUUCCUAUAAUAUAUUUUGAUUUUUAAAUAUGAGGUUUACUAGCAACCUAGUUGCAAAUUUUACUGCUAUAUGCUACUCUAAGUUACUUGAUCUUUUCUUAGCAAACACAUACAAUGUGCUCUACUUCCAAAUAUAAAUGAAACAGAAGUAUAAACUAGCCAAAAUACAGCUGUAAUGUAUAAUUGGUUGUGUUUUGAUAAUUUCUCUAUAUUACCUCUUUAUUGAUAAUAUAAAAACACUGCUAAAUUAAUGCAUUCCCACAUAUAAUUUUUAAUGUGUGCAUUUAUUUGAUCUUACGUUUAGUUAAUCAUUGGUAGAAGUAUUAAAUACUGCAUUUUAUAACAUUUUUGUCACAAUAGAAAUAAAAUCAAAAUAAUUUGGAACUUAGUGAAAAUAUAAAGCUUUGAUCAUCAUUGCAACCACAAAAGUUUUAAAUUCUUUUUUUGUCAGCCAGUUGGCUAGCCAUGCCUGUUCUCUGUGAUAAAUCGUUUGUAUUCUCUGUAAGGCAUUAAAACAUCACUAAAAAGAUACUCUUCCUUCUAUCUUGCUGUGCUAAAGUUAAUUAGAACCUGAUAGAGUUACAAGGCUUUGUAGAACACAGUUAUAAAAGCAUGGUGUGCAAAGCAUCUUCUUUUUAUUCAUACAGUAUAAAUAAAUGUAUUCCCCCUUCUUCUCCACUGCCACUGGUUUAUCAGAUGACUUUAAAUGAACUCCAGAUUCUCCAUCAAAUUGCAUUAUAAGAUGCAUGUACACUUUUAAAAACUUUAUUCCAUGUGCAUUGAAUUUUCUUCUUAUUUACGCCUUUGACUCAUUUAUACUUUGUAAAUGUAUUGUGUUUCUUACAUUUGGGUGUUCAUGAACAUGCCAAAGUUAAAUCUGGUAGUGCCAGUACAUUGUGUUUAACAUAUCCAUUCUAAAAACUUAGAAUUCAUUUUAAGUUGUCUUCAGUCUUCUGGAUCUUGCAAGAUCCAGAAAACCAUGGCAGAUGGCCCUGUUCAAAACGGAAACCUACUGAGUUAUUCACCAGUUUCUCACCCAGGUGCACACACUCAAAACAAAGUCUGUAUCACAAGACAAGUGGAGCUGUCCUGGAGAUAGAAAGCUCCAAGCCUCUGUUCCUCUACUAUGUCUCAUAACCACCAGUUGACAUGUAGGUAUAAAGCAAUGUAGGUGUUAUGAUUCUCUUGCACUGCAAUGGAUGAGAAAUGAAAAGGAUAUCUGCUCUCUGUUUUCAGAGAUUUAGGGAAGGGGUGUUUUAUUAUAGCAUUGAGAGGAGUUAUUUGUUUUGUAAAAUAAUCAAUUACUUUACAAAAAAUAAUUGAUUUUAAUUAGCUUGGUUUUAAUUAACAUGACUACACUGACUACAUUAACGAACUUCACUUCAUCAAACUACUGGAUACAAAAAAUCAUGGACUAAAUAUAGACAUUGGAUUUAUGGCAUGUUAUAUAACCUACCUUUGCCAUCUGAUAUCCCAGGUAACCUCUCUACAGUUUACCAGCUACAUUCUAUCUCCAGGUUACCAUUUCCUUUCUCCCCUGCUCAUCUGCCUUUCACCCACUGUCUCUCACCCACUGUGACCCUCACUGUUACACAUUUACAUUCUCACUGACCCGAAUUCUUGCAUAUCAGCUUUUAUCUUAUUCAGGAAGAGCACAAAACAACUGCCUGAAGAAGGAUGUUUGUACCUGAAAGCGCACAAAGGAGAACUUUUCCAACUAUUUUAGUUGGUCUAAUAAAAGAUAUUAGAUUUACCCAAAGAACCUUGUCUGCCUUCAUAAAGAAACAAAUUGAAUAAUUAAACACAUAUACAGCUAUAUAUUGGUGGACUCAAUUCUGAAUUGCAGGAUGUGAGGGAUUCUGUACUUUUUAGUUGUGGUCCACUGCAUGGUGGUCUUCUAUGACUUACUUAUGUCAAAACUUAGGUUGAUUUUCUCCUUUCCUUGUCGCUCUUUUUGAUGGAGGUGCCAAGGGGUGACAUGCUAAUCAGGCAACAUGACUCACUUAGGUCAAUGUUCAACAAUAAACCUGUAACCUAAAGAAGUCUAAUGUUUUGGUCCAUACUUACUAAUAAUCAUUCACUUAAAUUCCCCACCCUCCUAAGAAGAUGGCUGAAAACAUGCCAAGCAAGAGCCCAGAAUCUUUUUUAUUACUGUUAAUGCAUUAUCUACUGUAUUCCUCAAGUAUCAAGUUCCAUACUUAGGGCCAGAAAACUUUCAGCAUGUCAGGAAAUUAUAGAGACAAUCUUUGAUAAUAUUCCAAGAUAAAAGCUAAAGACUGCAUAGGUUAAGAAUGUUGAGGUGUGUCUUACUUCCAGGUAUAAAGAGCAGAUUGAAUAUGUUCCAAUUGUAAGUUUUAUUUUUGAAACUGAUGCGAAUAUUUAAUAUUGCAAAAUGUUUUUUUCAGUUGCAUGUUAAUCAGGAUAGAAUGUAACAUAGGAAUGUAAGGACUGCCAUUUACUGCAUCAGAUCGUAGGUCUAUGUUGUGCAAUAUCCUGUGUUAUGGUGACAGAGAGUGGAUGCUGACAAGGAGAGUGAACUUGGUAUGACCAGGGGUUUUCUCUUAUUCCUCUCUCAUUUGCAGUUUCCAGCAUUUAAGGUCUAGCUGGGAAGUUCUGAUUCUAAUUCCCAUUUUCAGUAGCUACUGUUGCACCUUUCUGUCAAGACUGGGUCCUAUCCAUUGUUUUAAUCUGGUUAAACUGCCAGCUUCCACAGCAUCUUGUGGCAAUGAGUUCGACACUUUAAUUAUGCACUAUGUGAAAAAGAGCUCUCGUGUUAUUUUUAAACUCACUACCUACUAGUUUCAUUUUAUGACCCCUAGUUCUUGUAUUGUGGAAAGUCAAUCUGCAAGAGUCAAGUGAAUAGUAUAAAAGGCUGAGAUGUUCAAACCCACUAUUUAGAUAUAUGGCUAAAUCUACUGCCUUUCUUUUAAAAUGUCAUCCAAAAUAUCUAAUGCAGUAGUAGCUUAAGGAGACCAAGUGGCUUUUAGUACAUAUCUGUGUGUGUAUUAGUAAGAACAAAAACUAAUUUCUUUGGGUUAUGCCCUUUGUAUAGACAUGAUCACAAUAAGGAUUAGUUUACACCCCAAACUAAUGGAGAAGCUUCCUUUAACAAAGAAUUGUCAGGCAAGAAAUUACUCAAUCAACUCUCUAACCCUCCCCAGAACUCUAGGGCCAACUCUGGUAAAUACUAUUCAGCUGUGCUGUGGGAAGAACAGAAAGGCCUGAUCUGAAAUUUAUUAGCAGAUUAUUAAUAAGGGUGUAAAAUAAAGCCAGACCCAAUGCUUUUCCUUGUGGUAACCAAACAAUAAUUGUUCUUUAAUCCAAUCUUUUAGGUAUUUAAUACAUAUUUCAUUCAUUUUUGAGUCACCUCAAAUUUCAUCAUCCUUCAUUAUCAACAUAUCUGUUUUCUCUCUGUUUCUCCUUGUCCCCUAAUUUACUUAAGAAAAACAACUUAUUUCUUUGAUUGCUCUGGCAAAUAUUAGCUUCCCCUGCCUUCAUAAUUUCCCUGCAAGCUUUAACUGAUCAUUUUUCUAUUGCCUUUUAGACAUCUCUCAUUCUUGUAUUUUUCUUGUAUUUUUCUUUUCAAAGUUAUAUAUGCCUGAAUUAUGAGAUUUUACCUUUUCCCCACUGUCUUCCAUCUGAGUGAAUAUUAAUUCUAAUUAUUAUUUUAAUUCUGAAAAGGUUGCUUUUAUGAAAUCGUUGUUCAUCUUUGAAACCCAUGUACUACUGUCCUGAAUUUAACAAAUUUUCUUCUCUAAUUUUUUUCCCUAAUUCUUGUAAAAUGUAUACUACUAAAACAAGGUUUUUCUUUGUUAAUUUUUACUGCUUCAUAAAGAGGAGAUGUCUUGGUAAAUGUUCAUCUUUAUAGGCCAAGAAAUACACUGUAAUUUUAAAUUUCCAUAAGUGCAGACUCUGAUGACUUAGAAAAUCAAAGAGUUUGUUUGCCCACAGUUUUUUUUUCCUAGUGAUCUCCAGCAAGUGCCCACAGAUAUUCAUUUCCUGAACCUUUCCCUUGGGAACAUACGCUCAUCUUUUGCAUCAUAUUCUUUGUUGCUGAGUUAUAGCUCAUUAGCUUUGACAGGUGUUGCCAUCUAUCCACUAUUUCUUCUUUUAUCUUGAUAGCACAACAAGAGGCUUUGAAAAGGCGAGUGUUCUAUAUUAAUGGUAAAUCUGCAAGCCUUUCCUACUUUUGCUAUAUAUGUAUGUUUUAAUGCACUUAAUGCAAUAACUGUUGUAUUCUUGAAGCAUCAAGUUAGGUCCAGAAAACUUUGGGCACAUCAGAAAAUUACAGAGAUCUUCUUUGAUAACAUCUGAAGAUAAAAACCAUAAAGUUGUGAAAGUUAAGAAUGUUGACCUGUAUUUAGUCUCCACGUAUAAAGAGCCCAUUCAGUAAGUUACAACUGUGAAUUUUAUUUUUGAAACUGAUGCAAAUAUUUAAUCUUGCAAAGUGUUUUUUCCCAAACAUUCUCCCAUUUAUAUUCACUAUUUUGGCCGUAACUACCAUGCAGCAACCUCUGUCAAAAAGAUAGAUGAGUAUGACCAAAAAUUUCUCUACAGUCUGACAGCACUACUUUAUCAUAAAGCAUUGAUAAAGAAUAAUGUCCAUAUCCAGGAAACUUCAGAUCUGUAAGCUUGACUUGUGGGAAGUAAGGUACUGGAAAUAGUAAUUGGGACUAUAAUAGAGCAACAGCUAGAAAUGUAUGAUUUGUGCUAACUGGCAUACAAUAGAAAACAUGCAGAACGUCUAAGACUUUUUUGAGAAACUAACAAAAAUAGGUGUCUUGGGGCCACUGAGUACAGCCAUCAUAGCUUUUUAAGACAUUAAGAAAUCACUUUAUUGAAAAAUGAAUAAAAUAAAAAAUAGCCUAUUUUGGUCA